GGGUACUAGCUGUGCUAGUACUCGUUAGCAACAACCCGAACUAGCGCGCACACUGCACUGCAUUACUCUCUGCUGCCUUCAAGACUGACGUCAUGCGCUUUGCUUUGCUGCGUAAUCACAAAUGGCACUCAGCCCGUUUUGCCGAAAAGAAAACAAAUCUUGCUUGCCCUGUUGUGUUCCUCCAGACAGCAGAUCGUGCUUCCGCAGUGUUGCUUUUCAGCGUUCCUUUCCCUUUCAUAGCUUUGCCGCCAGCCCGAGUGUCAUCUCGAUACUGUAUUUAUUCAGCAUGUCCGACCUAACUGUCGACACUGUGAAGGCAAUGACUUGCCAAGCUCUCCGCGGCGAGCUUUCCCAGCGAGGCCUCAACGCGAAAGGAAAUAAAAGCAUUCUACAAGACCGUUUGCUUGCACAGCUAGCCCUUGGAAAUCAGGUCUGCUCCGGCCUGGAAAACCAGCAACACGACAUUGCGGACACGGCUCGUGAGCCCAGGAGCCCGACCGGCACCAAUGCCUCCUCCACCAGCUCAGGCGACGUGGGCGCAAUGGAUCUCCGCGCUCUUGUGCGGGACGAGGUGCAGUCGGCUUUGUCGGCCGCCAUUACAGAGAGCAUCGUGCCGCUCCUAACUCAAGGCCAAGGCAAUACGGCUGCUGCCGCCACAACGCCAGCCCAAGGCCCAGGCUCUUGCAAUCCACCCGUCCAGCCACCAGCACCAGCUGUGCCCAAGGCUGUGCAGGAGCGUAUCUUGAGAGGCAUUCAGACGCCACGCCCCGAACGCCAAGGCGGCUCCGGACAUUGCCCGCCUGCCUCAGCAAUGCUAGCCACUGUCUGCCAAUAUGCUGCUUGUGCCGUGUCGAGGAACACCCGCCGCACUUACACCACCGGUGAAGACCGCUACCAUGAUUUCUGCCGCCUGCAACACUGGUCACCCUAUCCUGCUACCGACAUUAUGCUGUGCUGUUUCGCGUCGUUCCUCACACGAACUGUAAGACCUGGAACUGUAUCUGUCUAUGUGAGUGCGGUGCGUAAUGCCCAUCUCGAGAACGGGUUUGCUGACCCCUUAGUAGAUGCAUGGCUUCUGAAGAGGGUGAUGAAGGGCAUCCAGCGAUGCCAUGGUACGGCUGUACUAACCCCUCGCCUUCCUAUCACUAUGCCAAUCCUACGACACCUGAUAGACGCAUGCCGGAAAAGUAGUACCCUCAAUGGCCAUGACAAGCUGCUCUACCAAGCUGCCAUGCUGCUAGCGUUCUUUGGAUUUCUCCGGUGUGCUGAAUUCACUAAUGGCGUCACACGGGGCUGCAUCAGCUUCCCUGGUGAUGGAUGCCUACAGCUCUUCCUGCGUUCGUCCAAGACGGACCCAUUCGGCAAAGGCGUCACGAUUGACAUUGGACCAUCCGUACCGCCGUACUGCCCGGUCCAUGCCAUGGUUAGCUACCUGUUUGCCACUCGUCGCCAAGGAACCGAGCAACGCUUGUUCAUACUCUCGAACGGACAGCAGCUGACCCGACAGUCAUUCACAGCAACAGUACGGUCUCUUGUUGCCACUGCCGGGGUACCAUCCCAGUCGCACUACUCCGGGCACUCAUUCCGCAUCGGCGCAGCCACCACCGCUGCGAUGGCCGGUGUCCCCGACUCCCUCAUCCGAGCGGCAGGUCGAUGGAAGAGUGAUGCGUGUCUACGCUACAUCCGGACUACAGCGAGCGCUAAACGCCAGCUAUCGUCCCGGCUUGCUGCCGUGUCACGGAUGCCAUGAUGCCUGACUCUCGUGAGUAAUGAGCUACUGAACUCUAGUCGCAUGAUACUUGCCUGUGCUGACAUCAAUUGACCUUUGCUGUGCGUCAAUAGUACUUAGCUAACGGGGUGCUGGUUUCAUGGGUCCACUCUCACAACUGGUGUUAUCUAGCUAUUUGCUGCAGCUCUGCCUUGAGCUAUAUUACAUCCAUUUAGCAUUGCAGCUCUACGUUGAGCUUACAGCAGCUCUACUUUGAGCUAACAGCAGCUCUACUUUGAGCUAACAGCAGCUCUACUUUGAGCUAACCGCAGCUCUACUUUGAGCUAACCGCAGCUCUACUUUGAGCUAACCGCAGCUCUACUUUGAGCUAACCGCAGCUCUACUUUGAGCUAACAGCAGCUCUACUUUGAGCUAACAGCAGCUCUACCUUGAGCUAACCGCAGCUCUACUUUGAGCUAACAGCAGCUCUACUUUGAGCUAACAGCAGCUCUACCUUGAGCUAACCGCAGCUCUACCUUGAGCUAACCGCAGCUCUACUUUGAGCUAACAGCAGCUCUACUUUGAGCUUCAAACCAGUUGUUUCGAAACCAGCACCCCUCAAUCCAAAGAUGCCGCUUUGUUGACUUGUUGUGUGAGGGACGGGGGCUAAUGGGGUACUAGCUGUGCUAGUACUCGUUAGCAACAACCCGAACUAGCGCGCACACUGCACUGCAUUACUCUCUGCUGCCUUCAAGACUGACGUCAUGCGCUUUGCUUUGCUGCGUAAUCACAAAUGGCACUCAGCCCGUUUUGCCGAAAAGAAAACAAAUCUUGCUUGCCCUGUUGUGUUCCUCCAGACAGCAGAUCGUGCUUCCGCAGUGUUGCUUUUCCCACCAUCCCUCCCUAUCCAACUUAUUCACACAAUCAUUAUGAUUAUCGUACCCACUGAUCGGGUCCACUCUCACAACUGGUGUUAUCUAGCUAUUUGCUGCAGCUCUGCCUUGAGCUAUAUUACAUCCAUUUAGCAUUGCAGCUCUACGUUGAGCUUACAGCAGCUCUACUUUGAGCUAACAGCAGCUCUACUUUGAGCUAACAGCAGCUCUACUUUGAGCUAACCGCAGCUCUACUUUGAGCUAACCGCAGCUCUACUUUGAGCUAACCGCAGCUCUACUUUGAGCUAACCGCAGCUCUACUUUGAGCUAACAGCAGCUCUACUUUGAGCUAACAGCAGCUCUACCUUGAGCUAACCGCAGCUCUACUUUGAGCUAACAGCAGCUCUACUUUGAGCUAACAGCAGCUCUACCUUGAGCUAACCGCAGCUCUACCUUGAGCUAACCGCAGCUCUACUUUGAGCUAACAGCAGCUCUACUUUGAGCUUCAAACCAGUUGUUUCGAAACCAGCACCCCUCAA